CGCGCCUAUACAGUACUGAGUCGGCGCUAUAUCUAGGUCCAGAGUCGUUUGUCAUUACUUUGUUCCUCUUCAGUACCAAGGAGCACCCCAUUUUCAUCUACAACAAUGCGAAUUCUGGUUGUUCUUGCGCACCCUGAGCGAAAGUCGCUCAAUGCAGCUCUGAGCCAGGUGAUUCUUGACGAACUGCACGUCCAAGGACACGAGGUCCGCAUAUCAGAUCUCUACGCCAUGGGCUGGAAAGCACAGAUUGAUCGAGAUGAUUUCCCGGAACUUCCUGAUGAUCAGCCUCUCCGGAUCCCAAGCGCUUCGCGAGACGCAUAUCACACAGCUUCUUUGACCGACGACGUGGCUUCUGAACAAGAGAAGCUCCUCUGGGCAGAUACGGUGAUUAUUCAAUUCCCUCUUUGGUGGUUCACUAUGCCUGCGAUUCUCAAGGGAUGGGUGGAUCGCGUCUUCUCCUGCGGAUUUGCGUAUGGCGUGGGUGAGCACAACGACAAGCACUGGGGAGACAGAUACGGCGAGGGAGUGUUUGCAGGCAAAAGAGCCAUGUUAGUAGUCACCACAGGUGGUUGGGAGCAGCAUUACUCGGCCCGUGGGAUCAAUGGGCCGAUGGAAGAUCUGCUGUUCCCCAUCAACCAUGGCAUUCUGUUCUACGCAGGCUUCGAAGUCCUGCCGCCCUUCGUUGCCUAUCGUGCCGACAACCUCGACAAAGCUGGGUUCCAGACUGCGGCCGACAAUCUCCGCGAGCGAGUUCGCAGUCUCGCUCUUACGGAUCCUAUCCCUUACCGCUAUCAAAACCGGGGCGACUACGAGAUUCCGACCAUGGUAUUACGCCAGGACAUCGAGUGUGAAGGUCGGGAGGGCUUCAGGAUACAUCAAGCCUCCUCAUUGCAGCAGUCUUCAUAAAGGGUCAUCUUUCCGAUAUCGCGCUCACCACGUUUCUGGUCCCUGAACACCAAAGGAAUAGCGCUCGACAAUAUUGAAGGGAAGAUUUUCCAUUGAGUCAGAGCCCGGGAUACAAAGUCGUGUCGACGGCGCGGAGUCGCAUGAGCUUCAUGACCCCUGAGCACUCGUAUUGGGAUCCGACACAAGGCCAAUACGCAGGCUCAGAUCCAAUGAGUCUUUUGCUGUUGCGGUAACGGGUAUACAUCGACAUUGCACCGGCGAAGUAUAGCCUAGAUGCUGGUUCUCAAGCAUGUUUGAUACCUUGGUGCGAGAAACCAAAAGUGGAAGCAGACCAUGAAGGCUCAGGGAUCGGCGGGCAGAGAAUUCGAAUUGGUUUCCGAUGAAGUCUGAGGACGCAGAGACGGGGCAAGGAAGAUGUUCAGCUACGUUCAAGUCGUUGCGGGAAGUUGAAGGAAGUUGUGAACUAGUACAUCGACAGUCACGCGGGAGGCUGGCUCUGUACAUACAUCAUGGUUGCGAGGACAAUAGUGUAAUAACAACCAGGGUUCGUGCCUCAUGCCAAGUUCAGCAUUUUCUGGUUGGUGGCCGCGAGCAAACACCAACGCAGUCCAAGAGCGCCUUUGACCUACCGAAGUUUGCAACAAGAGAUAUGCUGAUUUACCGCACAGGCAACAACUAUUAAUUACGACGGAUUAAAUGCGGCAAAGAGAACCACCGGAGCCAGGAAAGCAGGCUUUUCUGUGUGCCGCGGGCAUUCGGGCACGUUUGCCACGAACGAGGCACCAUAUCAGCGAGAGCUUACGCACUGCUCUUCGCAAAGGGUAGUGGCCACUGGCUACUGGUAUAUCGGCAGCUGGCUCUCUUCCUCGGCGGGCAAGCUCCGUAAAGGUUCAAGAUUUUAUAAAUUGAUCAUGCUAAGUUGCGAUGAAGUGAGAGAGACGCUGAAUGAAAGGUAUUUUUGUUUCCAGUGGUCAAACAAGAACGAGACAACAACCCGAAAUCCUCCAGCUUGAAUCCAUUACCAGUGUUCUCCAACAGUAAGGAAAGAAAGACCUCAAAAGACUUUUCGCGUCCCAUCGCCGUCCAGAUCCUUCGUGGCCAGCCAGCUUGACCACCGUUCCCAGCUCGACACCCAUUCCCAGCUUGACCUCUCUUUCCAGCUUAACCUCUCUUUCCAGCUUAACCUCUCUUUCCAGCUUAACCUCUCUUUCCAGCUUAACCUCUCUUUCCAGCUUA